AUGACAUUCCUUAGAUUCUCGUGUCCACCUAUUUGUGUUGCACAAAUAUUGCACCCACUUGCAACCACGAUUUCGCAUCCACAGAAACUCUGUAUGCAUCUAUUCGUUGUCGUUGCCAUUCUACACUAUGCCUGUGCCCUGAUCCUUCCAUGGAGAUCACUGCCAGUUCUCUCCAAGGCCGUUGAUCCUCCGGUUCCGUUUCCUAAAUGGCUCUCCGAUUUCACCGGUUUGACACAAUGGCCAGGGCUCGAUCCACCAUACAUUCCUCUUGAGUUUAUUAAUUUUGCAAAGGUUCCCGCUGUCCCUCAACACGCCCAAGCACAAUGUGCAACGUUGUACCGAGACUCCUGUUCAUUUGAUUGUUUCAAUUGCAUUUCUUUCGAUGACGUCUACACUUGUCCGCAGCUUUCACAAACGUUCGAUGAUGGUCCUUCACCUGCAACCGUUAAACUUCUCGAGCAAAUUAAUACCAAGUCAACUUUCUUCACACUAGGCGUCCAAGUGGUCCAGUACCCUAGUAUUUAUCGCCAGAUUGUCGAGCGUGGCCAUGUUAUAGGUUCCCAUACUUGGUCGCACAAGUUUCUUCCUGGAUUAUCGAACGAGGAAAUUGUGGCUCAGAUAGAAUGGUCAAUUUGGGCCAUGAAUGCCACAGGAGGACACAUCCCAAAGUGGUUCCGGCCACCAUAUGGAGGUGUGGAUAACCGUGUGAGGUCAAUUGUGCGGCAGUUUGGCAUGCAAAGUGUAUUAUGGAACUUUGACACUUUUGACUGGAAACUUUUAGACCUGGCUUAUGGCAGAGACGAGAAGGAAAUUUAUCGAGAUGUGGCUAAAUUCCGUGAAGCUAAUAACAACCAGGGGUUGAUUUUAGAGCAUGACGCCGUGAUGAGAACCGUCAAUAUUGGUAUCGAGGUGAACAAGAUUUUGGGCCCAUCUCAACUAACCGUUCCUCAAUGCGUUGGGGGAAUCGAUUACAUCAAGCGAUUUAACUAA